CGCACGAAAGAGGUUCAAAGAAACGCUCGGAAAAUGCUAAUGGAAAAAGGAGCUAUAUAUAUAUAUGAGAAAUGAUAUGCUCAGCGAAUGCAAAGCACGAAACGCUCAGCGAAUGAGUCAGCACUGCUUACGUGGAGAAAAAAAAACAAUAAACAAGAAACAGAGUCAAACAGCCAGCACUAAAUCGCACGGACUCAAACAGCAAGCCCUAAAUCUAAUCGCUGCCUCCCUCCUCCUCCACUGUCGCCGCUCCCAUCGCUGCCUCCCUCCUCCUCCACUGUCGCCGCUCCCGUGUCUUCUCCUUUCUCCUCCACCUGCAACGCGACGCGGCUCGGCUUCGCCCCACGGCCGCGGGAAUCGCUGCCUCUCCCUUCUCCUCCACUGUCGCUUCUCCUUUCUCCUCCACCUGCGACGCGACGCGGCUCGGCUUCGCCCCACGCCCGCAGGAAUCGCUGCCUCUCCCUUCUCCUCCACUACAGCUCCUCCACGCCCUAACGCCACACUAACUUGGUCGAUGUGGAGAGGAUCUCGUUCGGAGGGAAGGACAAAGGAACAAAUAUCCAUGGAAGCCAGCUCUUCAUCAGCAACAUCUUUGACUCGAAGAUGCAUGAAUGAUGAACAAGGUGAAACUCCCAAUAUAUCAUGUUAUUGUGGGUUAAGAGCUACCCUCUGGACGUCAUGGAAGGAAACUAAUCCAGGAAGGCGCUUUUUUUCAUGUCCAAGAUUUAGAGAUAGGGGAUGCGGCUUCUUCUUAUGGCAUGACCCAGAAUUGUCAGAGAGAACUAAGGCAAUUAUUAAUCAUUUGAAGAUGGAUAACAAAAAAUUACAAAUGGAGAUUAGUGAAUUGAAGAAAAAUAAUAGUUUCAAGGGUGCAAUUGAUUGCAAUGAUCUCCUGGAGGAUGUGAACAACUCUGUUACUAUAAAGUUGAGUGAUGAAAUAUGUUCACUGAAUAGGAAGUUUAGAGUUGCUAUCGUUGUAGUUGUCUUUACUUGGAUUGUGAUGAUUUUGAGAUGGUUGAUGUAAUUUAUUAUAAGCAAAUAACUUUAGAUGUAAUGAAGGAUGUUUCUAAGCUUUUAAUGUACCUUAUCAGUGUUUUUAUA